AUGGAAACGGCCAGUUCAAACGUCAACAACCUGCAGCCCAGAGCGCACCUGCAGGAGUCUGUUCAUCUUCAUUAUAGCACAGAAACGAUGGAGGAAUAUCAUACAGAGAUGAAUACAAACAGCAGCAGUACAAUGAGCUCAUCAGCAGAGAAACAAACUGGACCUCAUAGUGAAGGUGUGGAGAGUUUCACAGGAGGACAAACUGCUUCCCUCCGGCCUCCACCAGACACUAUGGAGGAAACACAUCACUGUGAGCUGUGUCAGAAGAGCUUCUGUAACGCACAAUAUCUACAGCUUCAUCAGCGGAUCCACACCAGAGAAAAACCGCACACCUGUGAGCAGUGUGGUCGAAGUUUCGCUAUAUCUGUGACUUUAAGGAGACAUCGCCGGACUCAUACUGGAGAAAAGCCGUACAGCUGUGACCAGUGUGGGAGACGCUUCUCUUACCUAGGUGGUCUGAACGUUCAUCAGCGGACUCACACUGGAGAAAAGCCUUUCACCUGCGACCAGUGUGGGAAGUGUUUUACUCAAUCUAGUAAUCUAAAGAGUCAUAAAUGCACCCAUGCUGAAGAAAAGCCUUAUACCUGCAAUAGGUGCUGGAAAAGUUUUACUCAGUUUAGUGAUCUAAAGAGCCAUCAGGUUCAUCAGCGGAGUCACACUGGAGUAAAGCCUUACACCUGUGACCAGUGCGGGAAAAGUUUUAUUCAAUCUAGUCAUCUAAAGCUCCAUCAGGGCACUCAUGUUGGAGCAAAGCCUUCUACCUGCAACCAGUGUGGGAAGAUUUUUACUCAAUCUAGUGAUCUAACGAGUCAUCAGUGUACUCACGCUGGAGAAAAAAAGCUUAACACUUGUGACCAUUGUGGGAAAUUCUUUCCUUUCCGAAGUAGACUGAUGGUUCAUCUGCAGACUCACGCCAAAGAAAAGCCGUACAGCUGUGACCAGUGUGGGAAAUGCUUUUCUUUCCGAUGUCGUCUGACGCUUCAUCGGCGGACUCACACUGGAGAAAAGCCUUACAGCUGUGACCAGUGUGAUAAAAGUUUCACUCGAUCUAAAACUUUAAAGAUCCAUCGUCACAUUCACACGGGGGAGAAGUUACACAGCUGUGACCAGUGCGAGAAACGCUUCCUUUACCAUAGUAGUCUGACGGUUCAUCGGCGGAUUCACACCGGAGAAAAGCCGUACAGCUGUGACCGGUGUGAGAAGCGUUUUACUCAAGCCAAUCAUCUAAAAAAACAUCGGUGCGCUGACGCUGCAGGAAAAAAGCCUCACAUCUGCGAGCAGUGCGGGAAACACUUUCCUCACCUGAGAAACCUGAAGAUUCAUCAGAGAAUACACCUGAUCUGUCUGUCUCAGCUGUUAAACGUCACUAAGAACACGUCAUGA